AUGGCCAAAAUCAUCAUUUAUGAGCAUGCCAACUUCCAGGGCAUGUCCAAAGAAUUCACCACUGACAUUUCCAAUCUAAAAGAUGCAGAUUGGAAUGAUAUUGUCUCCUCAGUGAAAGUAAUUGGCCAGCCUUGGGUGGCUUAUGAGCAUGUUGAUUACAAGGGUCAGUUUCUGGUGUUUGAGGAGGGAGAAUAUAGCUUUGUAGGGAAAGAGAUGAAUGACAGGAUCAGCUCUCUGCAGGUGAUCACUGAAUAUCUGUAUAAUCCCCAGAUCACUCUCUAUGAACACAGUGAUUAUCAAGGGAAGAGCAGAAUAAUAAGAGAACCAACCAACCUGGGUGCGGGACAUGACAAUGACAUCAUGUCUUCCCACAAAGUCCAGAGAGGUGUCUGGCUGCUGUGUGAGCACAGCGAUGGAAGUGGAAUUCAAUACCUUGCCCGAGCCCAUGAGAACGUUCCAAAUUACAAGGCAAUCAAUUUUAACGACAAGCUUUCCUUCCUGCGCCCCCUGCGCCCUGGCUGUGGCUGCUAGAAUGCAAAUCCCGCAGCGCUGAGAAAAGAUGCAGAAAUUUGACACCCGGAUCUCCGCCUCUGCUGGUGCUGCCUUUUCCCCCAGUGUCCCAGGACCACCGAAUGUCAGCGCUCUCUGCUGUGCUGCACUGCAGAGCUGCACUUCUCUAUCCUGCCUUGCAAGCUGCUCCCACGGCACCAA